AUGGAGAUUUUGCAAAAAUUCAAACAAAAUGGUUAUUUUACGGCUGACUUGUACCAUUUGCUUGCCAAGAAAAAGCUGGUGGAAUCAUUCGAUGAGAUUAUACCGUCGGAAUAUAAAAAGGAAAUGAGUAUGUCAACUGAGGAACGCCUACAUUGCUUGAAUAAUAUCGUAGUGGACAACAUCGUACGCUGUGGCAACAAUACGAACAAAGUUGUUCUAUCGUUUACACCUAGAAUAAUUGUGUUUCAAAACUUUAAACCAAACGAUAAGAUAGUCGCUAAAUUUUCUGUAAAAAAUAUAAGUAAGGGUCCAACAUAUUUAAACAUGGUAUGUAGAGAAUCUUCCUAUUUCUCAAUUAAACUGUGUGGUGGACAACUACUGUCACGACUAGCUCCUGGUAUAAGCGUAACAUUUGCGGUUAUAUUUCAACCAGUUCAAUAUGAAGAUUAUACACAUAAAGUUGCCUUUCAUACUGAUGUUGAUCAUCCAUUUUCAGUAGAACCUCAGUCCGCCUAUUUAAAUCCGAAGCAGAAAAUUGAUAUCAAAGUUGGAUUUAAAACAAUGCAUGUCGGUGAAACUCAGGGGAGUUUAAGUGCCACUUUUGAAACUGGUGAAAUCUUCCAUAUAAAACUUUUUGGAUCUACGUAUAUUGUAAGUAUAGAAUUAGAGAAGCAAGUUGUCAGAUUCCUUGACACGUACAACACGAUGGUGAGGCAGCAAACAUUUAAAAUAAUCAAUAAAUCAAACCAUGUCCUUACUUAUGUGUGCAUGAAAAAUAAUUGUGUUUAUAAUGAUUUUGAAGAAAAACUCAAACUCGCUACUAUAUUUUUUGAAUUAAAACAAAACGAGUCGGCUAAGUGCAACAAAUUGGUACACUACGAUGUGUUGAGCAGUGAUGAACACGAACGAGUCUACUCAAGAAUAUUCUUCGAUGAGAUACAAGCGUUAGUUGCGGAUGAAACUUUGCUGUUUCAGAAUACACACAUGUCUGUUACACCUAUUAAGGGAAAGCUCUGGCCAAAUAAAGCAACAGAGCUUACUAUCACAUUUUCUCCUAAAGAAAUAGGAGAAUUUGAGGCAACGGUAUAUUUAGAUGUGGAUGGCGUAAACGACCGCUUACCACUAAAAAUAGUCGGUACCUCAUUACCACCUCAUAUAACACUGAACUUGGAAACUCUUGAUAUGGACCGUGUUUACAUAAAUAAAAUUUACAAUUACGAAAUUGUUACAAUGAACAAAGGUCAUAUCAAUGGUGUGAUUGUGUAUAAAUACACACCUCCUUUAUUCGGAAGUAUUAUCACGUGUAAUCCCGAGAUCCACUGUUUGAAACCGGGCGACCGAGAGGCAUUCAUUAUCUCGUUUUGCAAUUCUAACCAAGGACCUUUCUUUGAAGAAAUAAAUUUUGUAAUACGGGAAACGAAUGUCGUUGUCAAGCUGUAUUUAAAAGGUGUUGUAGUAUAUCCAUCAUUAAUGUUCAGUAAAGCCUGCCUCGACUUUGGAAACGUAAGUCUAGGUGUAUCGAAAACUUUAGAAUUAGAAGUUAUAAAUGAAUCUCUUGUUCACGUCGACGGAAAUGUGAAGAUUUCUUCAGACGGGCCAGAAAUGCGAAGUAUAACGUUAACUGAUUACUCUGUUGCCGAUAAACCUAAGCCACAAGUGCCUCAGUGGCCGAGAGAGUUUGAUAUUGAACCUCAUAAAAUAAGUAUAGGACCUGAAUCAAGGAUUUCACUACAGGUAACGUUAACGGCUAAUCUGAUACGAGCUAAUCAGACUUUCCUUGAAUUGGAAUUGGAUAAAUCUGACAGUCCGCCCAUAGUAUUACCUGUAACUUUCAAUGCCAAUAUUCCACUUAUAACUCCGGCAACAGAGAUAAAAUUACGUGCUUGUUUCUUAGACUUCGCUUAUAAACAGGAAAUUCACAUUACAUGUAACGAAUUCUGGGGAUAUUUUACGUUGGACGAGUCGGAGGUACAAUCCACGUUAGAGGUUGAUGUAGCAGUUAAAGAAGGACUCAUUAAACCAAACAGUAAUCUUAUUUUACCUGUAGCGAUAAAGACAAGCGUUCUCGGAGUUCAAGAAUAUUCUGUUCGGCUAAACUUAUUUGGUUCCACCACGCCAGUGGAAGUGUGUCAAAUAUCUGGCUGUGGAGUCCGCCCUAUCGUGACGUGCGCGCCCGCGGCGCUACACUGGGGACAGGUUAAACUCUUAGUGAGGACGCAAAAGAUAUUGACACUAUGCAAUGACUCCCCAGUGUCUGUCAAUUUCAAAGUUUCAUUGCUCAAUCGUGAUGGAAGGUGGCAAAUCUCUCCAACUGAAGGGCAUAUUGAUCCAGAAUCAGAGACAGAGUUAGUCGUAACUCUUUAUUUGAUAGAUGCAGACACUUAUACGAACAAAGCUGUCAUACAGUUGGAGAAAGUAAAGGAUAUACUUAUUCCACUGUCGGCGAGCGGAGUGGGUACAAGUAUUUUAGUUGGAGAUCUUAGAGAUAAUGUGAUACUUGGUCGCCAUUUUACCAAAAUACCAUUAAAUUGCAAAGUUAUUAUGGAGAAUUGUGGAACCCGUAUGCACGCAUUAGAAUGGAGCGAGCACUACAAAGCGCCUAAAACUAAACAACAUAGUAGUGGAUUUUUUAACAUAGAACCCAGAGUAUUCAAAAUGUUAGCUGGAGAAAAAUUGGAGCUAACAAUAACUGGUUUGUCUCAUAAAGUAACCACUGUUAAGGAAAUGUGGUAUUUGGUGGGAAGUGUGGAAGGGAUAAAUAAGAAAGAGUUACUAUUGGAGUGCAAGAUUGUAGCCGAAUUCGUUGAUCCAAAGAUUGAAGUGUCCUCUCCUGUCGUUGAAUUUCAGUAUGACUACGGUCCCUAUAGUGAAUUUUAUAAGUUAACAGAUCUUGUUACAAUUAAAAACGUAUCUAAAUUACCUUUGGAUUUUGAAAUAAGCGUUAAGCCUCCAUUUGCAAUAAUUCAAAAGUACGGUUCAUACAAAGUAAAUUCCGAUGAGGAGAGCCUAUGCGGUUGUGUGUGCUACGAAGAAAGUGAUUUAAAUAUACCCAGUAUUAUAAAUGAAAUUGGAAAACGUCAUUCUAAAAUGUUCAUAGACUAUUUAACUUCUAAACCAGUUGAUCCUUUGAGAAAAGGCCCUUUGCAUUUUUUUCAUGAUAUUAACAAAAUUAAAUGGGUAUUUAAUCUUACUCAUUUGAUAGAAGAAUGUUUGGAAGAUCAAGAAGUAAUUAAAAUACAGAUCUUGUUCGAUACAACUAAACACAUGUCACUUAAAUCUCGUGUAUAUUGUGAUUUGUUACGAAUUAAAUUUAAGGGACACAAAAAUAAAGAUGCGAUUAAACUUAUCGGAAAGAUAAACUUUCCGAACAUAUAUGUCUUAUCACCGAGAGUUGAUUUUCAGUGUGUUUUAAACGGAACAAUCGAAAGUAGAACUAUUAAAAUUCAAAAUGUGACUCCUCUGCUUGUUUGCUACAAAUUUAACUGGAAGAAAUGCAUCAUAAGCUCAGCAACGCCCGAUUAUCUAAAGGUUGCGAAUAACUUUAGCUGUUGUGGAGCUUCUACAACGGAAACCCAGAGUGAUGAAGGAGAAUUACACGAGAUUUUAGCAUGUCGAACUCCAAUGGGAUCAAAUAUUGCUUUAUAUAAUACUAACAGUGGUAACGAUAUUGGUAUUUCAAACAAUCUGAAGCCGAUUAGUGUAUAUUCAGUGAGCCCACAGAAUAUUGGUGAUGAAAUUGAAUUAUCAAAAUAUAAAAUAAUGAAAAAAAUAGCUCCUAUGAUAGAUACGGUAUAUGAUACGCAAUUUCAGUGGAUACAUAAAUUUCCAAAAGUUAAUAAAAUGUCUUAUAUUAAGAUAAAUGAUGUUCUUCAACUCGUUCCGUAUUCUGGGAUGUUGAAACCAGAUGAAAUCCAAUAUGUUAAUGUAAUAUUCAGACCAAAAUAUAAUAUAAACGUUCGUGUGAUAUUAGAAUGUGAGGUGCUAGGUGGGCCACCUGAAACGAUCAUUAUUACUGGUCAGAGUUCGGAGUUACUGUACAAAAUAAGUACCCAUAAACUUAAUUUUAAAAUACGUUCCUAUCAUGAAAAUGCCACGGAAGAAUUGAUUAUUUCAAACAUCGCACAGCUGCCGUUUGAAUAUAAAACUUACUUAAAUGAGCCGAAGUUUAAGAACAAUCUAUAUGGAACCAUUCUUAAUUUAGUACCACCUGAAAAAAAAUUAGAACCAGAACAGCAAUCGGAAAUUAAAAUUGAAAUGAGACCCGGAAUAAUGGGAUAUUUUCAGAGAAGUUUUCUUUUAGAAAUCGGACAUCUUCCGUUUAUACCUAUAGAAGUUUUUGGAUGGGGUGUUAUACCUCAAGUAUAUUUAUCGCUACCAAGACCAGAUAUUGUGAAGCUUGACUUGGAGUUGGGCUAUCUAGCAAUACCUGCACUUACACAAGAAUAUUUGGAAGCGCUUCGUGAAGUAUUUUCUAGUACUACAUCGGAACAUUUGAAUACACCUUUAGUAGAAGAAUGUUUUGAAGAUCCUUAUCUUCAACUUGAUUGGCAUAUAUGUUCAGCUUGGGAUGCAUAUCCUUCUAUCAUGGAUAUCGAGUUGUCAAUAGAGCGAAUGUUAGUUAUAAAUCAUAUCACUUUGCAUCCAGAAACUUUAAGUGCUUUUCAAUCAGCGUCAAAAAUUGGACCUAUUCCUGGUUUUGCCACAAUUCCCUAUAUGAUCGACUAUGGUGUUGUUAUUACUGGCAGUACGAUACAAUGUUGUAUAGAAAUAAUAAAUUACGGCCCAAUAGUAACAAAGCUGCAUAUUGCAAAAAGCACUCAUCUUCCUCCUUGGCUGACAUUGAAGUUAUGUGGAAAGUUGGGUCCCGGUGAAACGGGAAAGCUUGAAGUUGUAUUCGCGCCAACGUCAGCUGAUAUCACUGAACUGGAGCAGAAUGUUGAAACAUCCUUUAAUUUAGAGGUUCCAUAUGGGGUGUCAAUUCCGGUCCAAAUAAAGGCUUUAUGUGCAGUACCUUACAUAGUAUCUAAUGUGAAAGAAAUUGAUUUUGGUUCCGUGAGAUGUGGAGAUAAAGUUAUAUGCUCAAUUCCUAUAAAAAAUAUUGGAAAACCUACGUGCAUCUGGUUUGUAACAUUAAGAUUGAAAACUCCGGGGUCAAACGUUAUGACGGUUCUUGAUAGCUCUGGAAAGUAUGAACCUGGUGAAGGAGGAUGGUUGAGUAUUGCUUUUAAGCCCACAAUUGAGAUGGCAUAUGAGGGCCUUUUGAUAUUUAAAUUUCACAUGAAUCCAAACAGACUAACAAUACCGAUCACCGGUCAAGGGAUAUUACCUCAAGUGCAUAUAAUCGGACCGUAUGUUACCUUUCCACCGACGUUACCGUGGGCAGAAACAUCUGAAAUUUAUUUCGGAUUGACAAACCCUUGCCCAUUUCCCAUCGAACUCAUAAUAGCUCAUAGUGAUAAAAAAGCUAAAAGUCCAAAAGGCACUGCAAAAACGGCGGCAGCCACAAAGGAAGCAGCAGCUCCCAAAAUACAUAGAACAGAAACGGAAAUUAUCAAUGAUGUAAUAAAGGAAAUGAAAGAUGCGAAUGUGGAUCCAAUAAGAGAAUGUCUAAACGUUUUUGAUAUUACAUCGACAGAAGCUGGUUCUAAAGAUAAGCAUUCCAAUGGUAUGCUGAUAUUUAUGCACGGAUCUCCCUGUGAAGGUUAGUAUUUACAAUUAUUAGCAUUAGUCAUAAAAAUGCAGUGUCAAGAAAUUGCGUAUGCGAUAGGUAAAGCACUCGGACUUCCAACAAUCAACGUAGACUCGUGUUUUGUUGAAGCUUUGUGUGUUUGUAACUGCUCCGCAAAAUUUUUACUUAUUCAAGCCAUAAACGAAAUGUAUGAGAUAUCAAGAAAAAAUGUAACUAAAACUAAUUCUGAUGAAGAAGAGGCAGAUGCUGAAGUCUCUUCUGAAGAUAAAGACGACAGUUUUGAAGUGUUAUACAAGAAGAUGGCAUUUUUGGCAAACAAUAAAAAUGCCACUCCACGGUCUAAAGUUAGUGACAAGAAGAAGAAAAGGUCACCGACUUCUUCAGUUAUUUCGCAAACUGCUUUAGGAGCUAUGGGAUCUACCACAAUGUUUCAAAUGGAUUUAUUUCAAGAAGUUUUGUCUGAUUACCUAAAAUUACCAAGAUUUGACAGAGGUUUUGUAGUAGAUAGCUUAACAAGUAUCGUUAUAAAAAAUCCACCACAAGUUCUCACCACUCUCAUUAAAUGUAAACGUAAUAUACGAAAUAUACACCUCGUGUUAUGUCAAUCGGACUUUUAUAGAUGGGCUCAGACUUAUGAAGAGAAUCUACGAGACGCCGACCUUGGUGAUGAGGAGACGUCCAAAGUAUACGAUGAGACGGAAAUUGCAAAAAUUUUGCAGUCGUUUGAAGAAAUGGAGGUUGAAGAAUUCGAAACUAUAAGUCCUGAAUUAAAGUCUAUUUAUAUUAAUUAUGGAUUGGAAGAAAGACGUAAUAAGCAUUACGAAAAAGUCGGGUAUUGAUGCUUUAUUAAAAUUGAUUCAACGUUUAAAGAUAGAAGUGCUAGAGAUCAUAGUAGAUCAGUUUUAGCUUUUGAUAAAUCGGAAUCUAAAAAGAAAAUAAAGAAAGACGAUAUUAAAGCAAAACCUACGAGCGAAUAUUUGAAUAUGAACUUGCGGUAUAACGAAUAUAUUAAAACUACUUACGAGAAUCUUAUAAAUGUUGCGAACAAUUGGGUAUUAGAUCUUGAAGAUGUUGGUAGUCCGUUGUAUGGUUUCACUGGACAAGUGCUUAAUUCGGCUCAGAAGAAAGUUAAGCGAAAAUCUGAAGUACAAAUACAAGUAACUUCUUCUCAAACAUCAACAAGUGAGAUACCGUCUACAUCAAUCGAAAGGGUAUUACCAGAAGAAAGUCAAACAGACGUCAACUAUCCAGUACCCAUGCAUAGUGUAAAAUCUUUAUCUGAUCGUGAUACACGUAUCGUCUUAUAUCCUGGAGAUCUAGUCAGAUGCAAAUAUACAUUCAGUCCGCAAAUAGAAGGAAAUUUCAAUGUCAGAAGGUUCGUUGAAGUUAGCGGAUGGCCGGAAUCACGAGUUGACAUAAUUGUAUCUGGUAUAUGCGAUUUACCAAGACUAGAUACCCGACCAAAAAAAAUGUUUGAAAACUUUGUCAGGAGAACUUUAGAAGAUGAAGUUUACAAAGGUGCAUAUUUAGAUGAUCAAAAGCUCUUCGAUUUUGGACCUAUUUUCAUCGGAAAUAAUCGAAUAUACGAAGAAAAAUACACUGUAGAUCUACGAAAUUCAUCGUUGAUAACGACUGAUAUUGAAAUUGCAUUUAUUGAAGACACAACAGUUUUCCAAUUUGACAGAUCUUUUAUGAGUUUAGAGCCUGGCUGUCGGGGAAAGUUGACAAUAAAUGCUGCUCCGACUGAAAUUGGAAUUAAUACAACUAUUUUGAUGUUCUGUAUAAAAGACAAUCCUGAAGUAGUUACUAUAACUAUAGCCUGUAGUGGAGUCGUUCCUGUUGUAGAAAUUCUGCCAUUGACCAAAAUGAUAGAGUUUGGCAAGCAUUUGUUGUAUCGCCGGGAAGAUGAUAGGUUUAUUGUAAAAAAUGAUUCUAUACUUCCUAUUGAAUGGAAAAUACGAAAUGCCGAAGAUUUUGUUGAAGAUUUUUUAAUAGCUCAAAAGACUGGCGUUGUGGCAAGGAACGACAACCAGAUCGUCCCAGUGACCUACAUAGCUUGCAGAGUUGGCGUUAUAGCUAAUAAAGCACUAACUAUUGAUAUAUACGACGCACUAGGGCGCGGAGACCCAAUGGUAACAGAUUCGCUAUUCUUGUCUGCAGAGUGUUAUGACGUAAUGGUAGAAUGCGCACACGAGGACCCCAGCGAAAACUUCCUAAAUUACGGCAAUGUGAAAGUUAACUCAACGGUAGUUCGGGAGAUGUACUUAUUAAAUCGUGGCAGAUAUAAUGUCUUCUACAAAUUGAAAAAAGUUAAGAAUUUUCCUGAACCAUCUUUACUACGGUCGUUCGAAGCGACACCGGAAUGUGGUAUAAUACCACCUUCUAUAAAGCUUGUCAGUAUAGAAUUUAUUUGCACUCCGACUACAUCUCUAAAUUUAGUAAAUGUGCCUGCCUACAUUUGUUCUUUGUUAGACGGCAGUAAAAAUCAAGUAGUCGUAGCAAAGUUCCCAGUUUGCGUUACGAUCGCCUCUUUCUACAAUACUUUCACAUUGUUCCCUCUUGGCGAAUUGAAUUUCCAUAUAAUUCCCGUGGGAAGUGGAAUAAUCCGUGAAGUUAUUUUAAAUAAUACCAGUAAAUGUCCCGUAACCUAUGAAAUUGUUCUUCCGUUAAAAUAUAGACCUGACCCUGAAGAUCCUCAACCCCAAGCGAAAUUAAAAGAUAACAAAUUAAAGAAUCCACCAAUAAACUGUGGCAAUUUUCUCAUUUACAAUGAUGACAAUCUUCUCGCACCCGGCACAAGUAGAACUCUUCAGAUACAAUUUAAUGCCACAUCUGCUGCAACAUUCGAAGAAACAAUUAACUUUGUAAUAAGUGAUACUUGUCCCGCUGAAAGCCAGGGGGUUCCACUUAAGCUGGUUGGUACAGGAGCGAUGCCAACAUUAGAUUUCUGGAAUUUAGAAACGACCUUCCGUGAACAUUUGAUUGUAAAAAAUCUUUUAGACUACAAAGUUCCUGAGGAAUAUAGAGCAGUUCUGGAAAUUAGGCUAAAGCUAUUGCAAAACCAAGAAAAAUCAUUUAAAGUUUGUUUAAUCGGUGAAGGAGUCAUACCGAGAAUUGGUUUAAUAACUCCAAACCUAAGACACAAACGAUUGGCCGUACUUAAUUUUCCUGUUACUUGCUUGGGUUCAAUUUCUCAUAAAGAAAUUCGUUUCAAAAACGUUAGUUCUGUGCAGGCAAUAGUUUCAGCGCAUGUAUUAUUACCUAUAAAAGAAGAAAGGCCUAUAUUUUGGCUUACAUCUGCACCAGACAGCGAUCACACGAUUUUAAUAGGCAAUAACGAUGUUUCGAAUAUAGUUUUGAAAAUUUUAUUGAAACCCAAUGAAAUAGUAACAUUAAUUGUUCACUAUAAUCCGAUAAAGAACGGGAGGACUUCUUGCGAUGUGAAGUUAACAAUAUUUGAAAAUCCCUACGAAUGUUUUACGAUACUAUGCGAAGCAGAAGCAUUUAUGGAAGAUGUGGUACUAUUAGGACUGGAGAUGCUUUCUAUGGACAUCGAUCUCAACGCUUAUAAAGCUUCAGUGGAUGGGACCAUGUCAACGGUGUCUACAGUGGAUAGUAGGAAGAAAAGUAAAAGCGCACCCAUCGAUAAGAAAAAGUCCCGGCAACUUGAAGCGAAGAAAUCGAAAAAAGCAUCACAGGCAUCUGUGAAAGCGAGCGACGCUGGAACCAGCGUAGAACACUCUGUUCUCAAAUAUGUUCUGAAUUUUGGUGGCUGUGAAUUAUGUGUUACACAUAGACGAUCAGUAAUCAUGGUCAAUAAUUCUGAGAAAGUAUACAAGUUUAAAUGGGAUAACUUUGAGCACAUUAUUGUUAAGCCAUCGAUUGGUUUCAUAUCGCCGGGAGAAGAGAAGGAUUUAGAGAUAAUUUUCUUCUGUCCUCAACCAGUGGUGCUGAACAAGGAAUUUUUGAAUUUGGUCUUGGUUGCUAUAAGUAAUGAUUUUUUCACUUUGGAUAUCAAAUCAAGUACCUGGGAUAGUCGGCAAACGGUGACUAUCUAUGACCAUAAUAGAGACGCUGAUUUAAACGAGAGAUAUGAAGCCAAUGUAAAUGAACAAGGUAAUUUAAUUCCUGGAUAUUUGUCGGAUGUUAUACACAUGGUUGUUGUGUAUUCCGCUACAACGGAGUACACUAAAUACGUGUGUGGUUUGGAAGGAGAAAAGAAUAUUGAAGAUACAUUUAUUUAUCAAAUAAGGAAAUUUACUUUCAAGGUACAAAACACUAGUAAAGUUUUGUUGAAAAUUGUAUGGAAUUUUAUAAUAGAUGACGAGUAUCCGGCUAGAAUUGAUAAGUUACAAGAAGGAAGUGUCGAUAAAGCUGGAACUCCAUGUGUUGCAGAACCAAAAGAGCAACAGCCCUUCGUUGAAAACGAUCCUAGCAGAAUUACGUUAUACAGUGGUAGUAUAGGAAGAGAGAGCGUGGACACGUGGUUUGAGGCGAAUCUGCCUUUUGUUAUUGAACCAUCACAAGCCUGCCUAAAACCUAAUGAGAAUAGAGAAUUUAAAGUUACAUUUGCACCAUUAGAAGCAUUCCAGUAUAAUGUUAGACUAAAAAGUACAAUAGAUAACUUAGAUCCAUAUGAUCAAAAUAUAUCUUGCAAAAUACGUGCCAAGUCGCUGGUCCCGUACGUCCACCUUGAUAUUGAAGAGAGCGAUUAUUUAACGUCGGACAGGAGAAAGAUAACAUGGUCAGCCCUCCCGGCGCCCACCACCGUCCUUGAGUUUAAUGUUCUUGGAUCGGGAUGUUAUAAAAAAGCCUUUGACGUGAUUAAUCCGACCAGCGAGGGUUAUGAAUUCAUUUUCGAAAUGGUGAUGUCCGAGAAAGGGGAGCUGGUACCUGUACACUGUGACAAGUUAAAGGGUUACGUUGAGGGAGGCACCUCGACCGAAGUGGUAUUUACAUUCUCACCUACAGCGCCUGGGAUAUACGAAUCUCUAUGGAAAUUUGUUAUGCCGGUUCAAUCGCUGGUGGUGAAUUUAUUAGUUGUUGGUAUUGUUCGUGAGCCAGAUGUAGUAUUUGUUCCUACCAUCUUGAUCAUUAAAAACUCUUUGGUGGGCUUCACUACAAAUAACGAAGUGAUAUUAAAAAAUAACGAAGAUGAAUGUUUAAAUUUCGAAUUCAAAGGAAAUUCUCUCUGCAAUGAAUCCGGGAAAACUCCAGUGGUAGUUGAACCUGAAAGUGGCGUUCUAAAACCAAGAUCAGCCACGAUUAUUAAGAUAUUUUACACACCAAUUUACGAUGGACCGCUUUCUUUCAAGAUAUUUUGUAGCAUAACUUAUUUAACCAAGUUGAUAACUUUAUGUGUUAAAGCUUUAAGCUAUUCAAUAAAACCAAAAGUUACGUAUUAUCUAAUAGGAAAUGAACAUAUACUUAGUAGUGAUGCUGUCACUAACAUUCACUUGGACCAAACUGCUUCAACCUACGAAAGAAGAAUACCAUUUACAGUUAAAAAUGAUGGCUCCGCGACAUUUUUCUUUGACUGGCGCUACAACACUAGUACAGUUAAAAAAUAUCUUCAAGUAGAAAUAGAGCCCCGGAGUGGCCACGUGUUGCCUGCGAAUGAAGUGGAAUGCGUCGUUCAUUUUACUUUAAAGAAAGUUCCUGUACAAGCUUUUCCUAUCACUUUAUCGAUCUCUGAUGGCCCAGAAUAUAAAAUAUAUCUUUAUGCAGAAAUAGAGAAGCCACUUUAUUAUUUUUCAUGUAUGGAAUAUGACUUUGGUCGUUGUAUUGUAAAUGCUCCGGACUCUACAUACAAGAAAAACAUAGCCUUUGUGAAUAAUGACAAAGUUCCUAUUAAUUUGGACUUAAACUUUACAAACUUACCAGAGCUGUUUGUAAGCUAUAACAAAGAUAGUUGCAUCGAUCCCAACCAUCGAUUGAAAGUAACGUUUUACUUCCGACCGAAGGAAGUUAAGCAAUAUGAAUUUGAGUUGCAGUUUUGGGUAAACUCACUUUGUGAAGAAAUCAUUAGAAUUAAAGGCGAAGGUGUUCCUCUUCUAUUUGAUCUUUACGAAGGGUGUCAGAAAAGUUUUGACCUAGGGACAGUGAAAGUAAGAGACAAAAUCGUUCGACAAAUCGAAGUUAUGAACCACAGCAAAGUGCCAAUAGAUGCGUCUUUUGUAUUUAAAGUCAUAACUCCUAAUGUCGAGGACAACACGAAAUCUGAAGGCACUAGUGUGUGUCUUAGUCCUAGUGUUGCAAAUCUUCAAGCUUCAGCCUUGGGACCAUCCAGGGGAGAAAUGUUGCAACAAUACAAGGAUGAAAAAAUAAGCGAACAGAUCGCAUUAGAUUCCCAAAACACUUUGGCGUCGUUAAAAGUGGUGCCGACUAAAUGUACCAUUAGGCCUUAUAUGAAAGUACCGCUUAAAAUACAAUUCAAGCCCGUUGGAAUGAUAAGCAAUCUGAAUGUGCAGUUGAAUAUGGUGGUGUUGGAAUGUUCCCGACCUCUGGUGCGCGUGCGCGGACGCGCGGCUGGCGCUUGCGUCUACCUCGGCCGCAACUCGCUGCAGUUCGGACGCGUGCGCCGUCGCGGCUGUAAAGUGCUCAAGGUCAUGCUUCACAACACUGGCGACUUUGGUGCCGGGUUUUGGUGGCAACCACUGGUGUCGGAUGAGUUUACAAUAUCGCCCAUGCAAGGAGCUAUAGCCGCGCGUACAAACGUUACUUUCACGAUAACGUUCAGACCCCUCAAUUAUAAUCCGUUUAUUAAAGUUUGGGCGUGCUGCAAUAUUGAAAACUAUAUGCCAUUGGACUUAGCGUUGUAUGCAACGUGUAUCGACACGGGAAAUAUUCAAAACAAAACGCUUUACUUCGAAUGUCCUGUUAGGGAAGUCGAUACGCAAUAUGUUGUCGUCACUAAUCCUUCUGAUGAUAUGUGGUUGAUUCUCUCAGAAGUGUCGGACGGACCGUUUGAAACUUUGAAAGAAUUUCAAGUCGAACCUAAUUCUACAUUCGAUAUUCCUGUAUAUUUUAAGCCUAAGAAAAUGGGCAAACACGAGAGUCAGGGGCUAUACUCACCUUUGGGCGAAAGCGCCUUGUUCGUAAGCCUGUCGGGUACGGCCGCGCCACCGCGACCUAGCGGUGCACGAUCGCUCGUCGUGCGCGCUAAGCGGCCACAUAUGGAAGAGUUGCUGGUACACAACAUUACUGAGUUUCCAGAGUCGUACGUCGUUUCUACGGAAGUUGUAAAAAUCACGCCUGACAAAUUUGAAGGUUACUAUGAGAUAAAAUGUCCCGAAACUAUCAAAGUAUGGGGCGAAGCUGCUGCGACGUGUCGAUGGACGUUCGUGUGUUAUGAGGAGUGCGAAAUGAUUGUUAAAGUCCUUUUUAUAAACGAAGUGUCUCGCGAGUACCAGUACUACGACAUAGAUAUAUCAGUGAUCGCGAGCGACAUCGUCGACACACUCGCCUUUAAGUGCCGCGCACGCGAAUCCGAGCGCCGCGAACUCGUGCUCUCCAAUCCACUCUCGACCAUGGCGGAGUUCCGCGUGCACUGCGAGUCGCUCCAAUGUCCUGACACGAUCAAGAUAGGCGGGAACUCUGAGGCGGUUCUUGGAUUGGUAUAUUCGCCUCUUGUUGUGGGUAAAUCUCAGGAUGUCCUGGAAGUGAGCAACGACUUGGUUGGGUCUUACAUAUACAGUGUGAAGCUAAAGUGCUUACCCGCGAAAGUAAAAAACCUAGAGUUUACAACUCCACUAGGUUCCUGUAUACCGCUCCGUCUUAGAGUCCAGAAUAAAACAGACGUCCGGGUUGAUUUUACAGCAUCGGUUACCCACUCAUCAAUAAUAACGGAAAAAGUAUAUACUUUGGCCCCCUUUGAGAAAGGAAAGUUCCAGGUGUGGUUUGAACCCAUAGAACUCGGUACCCAAUACUCUAAGGUAUCAUUUGAUUCCCCUGACGCUGGAGAGUUCGUCUUCAAUAUUAAAGGCAUAGCAAAAGAGCCCAGACCUCUAGGACCUUAUGAUGUAAAAGUUGGUGGAUUUACAACGAUAACAUUUAAAAACAUAUUUGAAGAUACUCGAAUGUUCAAAAUAACCGUCGAUCGAGAAGAGUUCCAAGUAAAAGCUUUGUACGAGCAAGUAAAAUCUAAGAAGGAUUUAAAAGUAGCGGUAUACUUAAGUGAGCACCAUAAGCUAUCGUUUCCACCAACCGGUUGCCUCACGAUUGAAACCUAUGAGCCACAGGAACCAAAAAUACAAUGGACGUACUUCCUUCAAGGAGUUUUGUAA